AUGUAUCCGAUCUCCGCAGGACCAAUGAGAACCUUUGUUCUCUCCCGCUCUGCCUCGUCCAUACUGCGUGGCUCAUUCGGUCAAUCAACUGCUCUUUCCAGAGGUCUCCAGUGUAGGAGUCCUCUGCUCUACUAUAACAUUGCCCUUGGGAGCAAGAGGUGCUUCUCAGCAGGUCCCCGCCAACGAGCCAAAGAAUAUUUCCCAGCCCUCAGUGGAACAAAACAUAUUGUCGAGUCUGAAACAACAUGGGCACAUCCAAUGUUCACCGAAGAGCAGAUGAAGAGUAUUGUCAUCGCACAUCGAAAUGCUGAGACCUGGUCCGAUUGGGUUGCCUUGGGAACCGUUCGUAUGUUGCGCUGGGCUACAGAUCUGGCAACAGGUUACAAUCAUCCCGGGAAGUCGGACCAGAAUGAGCAAUUUGUUAUGACUGAGAAGAAAUGGAUCAUCCGGUUCAUUUUUCUAGAAACCGUUGCUGGUGUCCCUGGAAUGGUUGGAGGUAUGCUCCGCCAUCUCCGAAGCCUAAGACGAAUGAAGCGGGAUAAUGGAUGGAUCGAAACUCUUUUAGAAGAAGCAUACAACGAGAGAAUGCACCUGCUGUCAUUCCUGAAACUCGCUAAACCAGGGUGGUUUAUGCGGCUCAUGGUUUUAGGAGCCCAGGGUGUCUUCUUCAACUCUUUCUUCAUGGCAUACCUCAUCUCCCCACGGACCUGCCACCGCUUCGUCGGGUACCUCGAAGAGGAGGCUGUUAUGACGUACACACACGCAAUUAACGACCUCGAAGCUGGGAAGUUGCCUGAGUGGGCCAACAAAGAGGCUCCAGAUAUUGCCGUGGCUUACUGGCACAUGCCAGAAAACAAGAGAACCAUUCUGGACUUGCUGUACUAUAUCCGUGCCGAUGAAGCUAAGCAUUGUGAGGUCAACCACACCCUGGCCAACUUGAAGCCCAACGUCGAUCCAAAUCCUUAUACCUCGAAGUACGAUAACCCCGAUGUGCCUCAUCCAACGAAGACAGCCGAGAUAAUCAAACCCACUGGCUGGGAAAGAAAGGAUGUCAUCUAA